CCCCAUCCGUUAUUCUGUUGGGACUCCCCGCUAACUUCAAUCUCCGGCACACGUUAACCUGCUCAACUGCUUCCAACCGGAAGACGACACGCGUGUGUGCACCAGUGGGAACCGGCGUCUCGUCGGUCGCUUUAUAUUGUUCCGGGGGACCAUCGCAUCUUGCUUCUUCUUCUCCACCUCCUCCUCCGGCUUGCAUCGAUUCUUCUACUUGCAAGGAGUCGUCUUAGUGGCGGUGGUGGUCGAAUUAUAAUCGUUGCCUCUCUCCCCACAUCGGGAAGUGAGGAGUCGGUGGAGGCGGAGGAGGUGGGAGCGGCGCACCGGAUUCCCCUUAUCCCCUCCCGCAUCCCUAUGCCUAUUUAAUCCCCCAAUAGGACGAUGCGGAUGCCGAAGAGGCCCCUUGUCGCCGCUCUCUACUCUUCUGCUUCCGCCGCCUCCUCCUCCUCCUCCUCCUCCACCGCCCUCCUCCUCUUCCGCCCUCGCGCUCCCCAUCCCCCCCCUCACCGCUACCUUCCAAGAACAGGGUACAGCCGGUCGGUGUGGAACGGAUCGAUGGAGGGGAUUGGGGUGGCCGAGAAGAGGCCCUUGGCAGUCGAUUUGGGUCCCUGCAAUGCCGCCGAUGGUGGAGACCGGCGGAUUUGGUCGUCCCGGGAGUGGGGGCAGAAGAUUGCCACGGGGAAGCGUAUUUUCUGUAAUCGAUCGCUGAAUAUGAAGAAUAUUAUCGCGGUUGGGUUCGACAUGGACUACACGCUGGCACAGUACAAGCCAGAGACGUUCGAGUCGAUGGCCUAUGAUGGAACGGUCAAGAAACUGGUUUAUAAUCUGGGGUAUCCUCAUGAGAUAUUGGAAUGGACAUUUGAUUCGAAGUACAUGGUCAGGGGUUUGGUUCUUGAUAAGAAGAGGGGCAAUAUUUUAAAGAUGGACCGACACAAGUAUGUAAAAGUGGCAUACCAUGGGUUUAGGGAGAUGUCUAAGGAAGAAAAAGUUUCAACUUAUGGAAAUACAUUAGUUCGUGAUUCCUUCGACGAGCCUGAUUAUGCUUUGAUUGACACUUUGUUCUCUCUAGCCGAAGCAUAUCUGUUUGCUCAGCUUGUUGACUUUAUGGAUAAGAACCCUGCAAAAUUUACUUCUGGGGUUGACUAUAUUCGAAUGUAUAAAGAUGUAAGGGCAGCAGUUGACUUGUGCCAUCGUGAUGGAACUUUGAAACAAAUGGUUGCGAAGGAUCCUGGAAGGUAUAUUAAUGAAGAUCUAUCAAUUGUUCCAAUGCUUAGAAUGCUUCGAGAUUCAGGCCGUUCCACCUUUUUGGUCACAAAUAGUUUGUGGGACUACACGAACAUUGUUAUGAAUUAUCUCUGUGGGAACUGUAACUCAAAUUGUGACUCUGCGGGUUGUGACUCUGCUGGAAACUAUGAAUGGCUUCAAAACUUUGAUGUGGUUAUAACAGGCAGCUCAAAGCCAAGUUUCUUUCAUGAAGAAAAUCGUGCAAACCUUUUUGAAGUGGAAUCUGAAACUGGAAUGCUGCUUAAUACUGACAAUGGGACUCUAGUUCCUCAGGUAGGAAGUACCUCCCCAAGAUUGCCUCCAAACCACUUAAAAAAGGCAUGCAGAGUUUUCCAGGGAGGUAAUGUUGCACAUCUUCAUAAGCUGCUGUCAAUUGCUUCAAGUUCCCAGGUUCUUUACGUUGGAGACCACAUCUAUGGAGAUAUUUUGCGAAGCAAGAAAGUGCUUGGUUGGAGAACGAUGCUCGUUGUUCCAGAACUUGAGCAAGAGGUUGAGCUUCUUUGUCGAUCAAGGGAAAUGCGUAAGAAGCUUCGACAGUUAAGGCUAGAACGUGAUCUUGUUGAGGACAAAAUUCAUCACCUAAAAUGGUCUCUCAAGUUUGAUAUUUUGGAUGCAAAUGAGGAACAGAGCUUAUCAUCCGAACUUCAUAAACUGGAGUUACAAAGGGAGCAGGUUCGUUGCCUCCAUCAAGAUGCCCAGAGGGAACACCACCAAAAGUUUCACAAGGUAUGGGGGCAGCUCAUGAAGACAGGUUACCAGAACUCUCGCUUUGCUCAUCAGGUUGAGAGGUUUGCUUGUUUAUAUACAAGCCAAGUGACAAACCUGAGCUUGUACUCUCCUGACAAAUACUACAGACCAAGUGAAGAUUUCAUGCCCCACGAAUUUGACAUUCUGGGACUGUAAGAGAUCUUUGAUGUAACGACGAUCUUCUCUAUCACACGUAGACGAAGGCUGUCAGCCGAAACCGAGAUCGAUGCAUAGGCAGGAAGACUCCAUGAAGCUUGGUAGUCAGAUCGGUUUGGAUCUACUUUCUGACUCCAUGAUGUGAGGAAAUUGUAGUUUCGAGGGUGACUUCGAAGAAAUCAGUGUCUCUUAAAGUGUUUGUUUUGUCAUAUAUGUAAUAUAAAAAGCAACAUUAUUUUGUUGUGGCACUGGCGAAAUUUUAAAAUAAUACAAAUUAAAAAAAAAAGAAAUUCUCAAGGUUUCA